AAGUUAGAGUUUAGAUUGCUCCAUCGUAAUUGACAACAAAAAAUAAAAACCAAAGAUUAUCCAUAAUGUAUAAUAAUAAUUUUAUGAAAUACAAAAAUAUGUUAAUUGCAAUUUCACGUCUUCUUCUUCUUCUUUAGCCGCUCUCCAUUUUCUCCGUUCACUGAGAGAGAGAGAGAGAGAGAGAGAGAGAGAUCGGUGUUUCAAUUUCAAUGGCGGACGCCACUGAAAGAGACGACCGUACACCUCAUAUCCUCACCGUCACCUACCCAUCGCAGGGCCACAUCAAUCCAAUGCUUCAAUUCUCAAAGCGCCUACAGAAACGAGGUUUCAAAAUCACCCUCGUCUUAACCAAUUUCAUUGCUCGCGUUUCUCACUCCCUUCCUCCUUUCCCCAUCCUCACCAUCUCCGACGGCCACGACGAUGGCGGUUUCGCCUCUGCCGACUCCGCCCAAACCUACCUCGAUUCCUUCCGCCGAUUCGGUUCUGAGUCGCUGCGGGAGCUUCUCCGCCGCCUCUCCUCCUCUGCUUCCCCUGUCGAUUGUCUCAUCUACGACAGCUUCCUCCCUUGGGCUCUGGAUGUUGCAAAAGAGUUCCAGAUUGCUACGGCGGUGUUCUUCACCCAAUCGUGCGCCGUCGCUAACAUUUAUUACCACGUACAUAAAGGAUUAAUCGAUUUACCUCUUCCAAAUAGAGAAAGUGAGAUUCCUGGGUUGCCGUUGAUGAAACUGGCGGAAUUUCCGUCGUUUAUUUAUCAGUUAGGAUCGUAUCCUGCAUAUUACGAUCUGCUUGUGAAUCAGUACGCGAAUGUUGAUAAAGCCGAUUGGAUUUUCUGCAAUACGUUUGACGAGUUGGAGCGAGAGGUUUUGGAGUAUUUGAAGAAAACAUGGCCGUCGAUUAGGGCGUUCGAAUUUAAAGAGCAUUGAUCGGCAAUUUCUGUGGGUGAUCGUCAGAGGUAACGAAACUUCCAAAGAAUUUUAUGGUAGAGACAGCAAAAAAAGGACUAGUGGUUUCAUGGUGUCAGCAAUUAGAGGUUUUGACACACGAAGCAAUUGGAUGUUUCGUGACACACUGUGGUUGGAACUCCACAUUGGAAGGAGUUAGUUUGGGAGUUCCGAUGGUCACAGUGCCUGGAUGGACUAACCAAACAACAAAUGCUAAGUUCAUCACUGAUGUUUGGAAAGUAGGCCUCAAAGCUCUUGCUAAUAGUGAUGGAGUUGUUAAACGAGAAGUUCUAUUGCAAUGCAUCGAGGAAGUGAUGGUUGGAGAAAGAGGCAAUGAGAUUAGACAAAAUGCCACCAAAUGGAAGGUAAUGGCCCAAAAGACAUUUGAGUUUGGGGGAAGCUUCAACAAAGUUGUCGAUGACUUUCUCGCUAAAAUGGUUAGCCGCCUUUAUUAGACAAUUUUUCUAGCAAACUUAACCUUUUUUUUCUGUCAAAAUUUUAUUAGUUGAAAUAACGAGGAUUAAAAUACUAUUUUGAUACCUGUAUGUUUGAUUUCGUUAUUAAUUUUUAUAUUCUCGAAAUGUAAUAAUUAUUUUCGAUUUUGAAAAUAGGAUGAUCAAAAUGUAUCAAAAUCUAAAGUAUAGUUAAACACUUUUGUAUAUUUUGUUUACAAAUUAGCUUGCCACCUCAGCCAUUUAG